GCAACUUUGAAGUUGAGACCCAAAGGUUCAAAAUUUUCGAAGAGAGAAAAAAUGGCGGAUUUUGAAGAUGAAGAAUUCCUAUCUCAGGUCGCCGCAGCAGAAGCAGAAGCCCUUUCCACCGCCGCCAAGCGUCGCCGAAUCUCUGCCACCGUAACCACUACCACUACCACCACCGCGGUUACCACGCCAAAGUUCAAAGUCAAUGUCAAUAAUAAUGCCAGUGUGGAAGAAGGAGCUUAUCUAGCGGUUCUGAAAGGGAAUACAAGUGUUUUAUUCCAACAAAAAGUAUCGACAAAUGCUGGUGGUUCGUGCUUUAAGCGCGGGAAAUCAGGACACUGGGCUCGCGAUUGCGAUACUAAUCCACCGACUGAUGAUUCCGUGAGCUUUCCUGAGAAGAUAUGUGCGUGUGGAAUGGGUAGUUGCCUUGUACUCACUGCCAAUACAGAGAAGAAUCGCGGCCGUAAGUUCUACAGAUGCCCUAUGAGACAGGAGAAUGGUGGUUGUGGAUUCUUUCAGUGGUGUGACCAACCUCCGGUUACUGAUUCUCUGACCACCCGAGGCCCGAGUUACUCUGUCAGUUCCACCUUCCCGGAACUUUCAUGUCCAUGUGGUUCUGGGACAUGCCUAGUUCUAACAGCCAAAACAGGAAAAAAUAUUGGUCAGCAAUUCUACCGAUGCCCAUUGUAUCAGGGAGGUUGUGGAUUCUUCAAAUGGUGUAAUGACAACACGACCAAUGCUAGCUUCUCAAAUUCAUCUAACAGCUCUCAGUCGCUUCAGUCGACCAACAAAAUCAACAAUACAGUCGUUUCUAGUUUCAAAUGUGGCAAUGCUGGGCACUGGGUUAAAGAUUGUCCACAGUCGUCUUCUCAACGCUCUGCUGCUGAUGGAGGAGUACAGUAUUCCAAUUCAAGAACUUGUUUCAAGUGUGGCAAGCCUGGUUGCUGGGCCAAGGAAUGUUCAUCCAACUGAUUCCAGAGCAGUGAUUGUGCGAAGUGGAUUCCCUCUUGGUUUUGAUGACAUCUGAAGCACUGCUAUAAUUUUGAUGUAAAUAUUACCCACCCCAACUUUCUAGGAAAAGAUGUUUUGUUCUUCUUUGGUACUGAAUCAGCCUCAAGUUGCAGUUAAUGAGUAUAUGUAAUCUUGGAUUUUGCUGAUGUUUUGAAUGUUGAACUCCAUGUUAGAUAUGACACUAUGUAACAGCUUUCUUCAUUGUUUUGCUGUUUAGUGAUGGUUUGGAAAUCCCAUUUCCUCUAAA